AUGGCCAACACCACUAGCAGAAAGCUGAAGACUAUCUACCAGCUCGACUCUCCUUUCACCAGCACCCAAUGGCCGGAAAUAUCCCCACAGAAUCAAGAUACCAUUCUCGAACUCCUUUGCAGCCUCCUCUCUCCAAUCGGGCGAUGGCGUGCCAAUCACAUCACGCCCUCAAAAGGGAAGCGAAGCAAGAAGCGUAAGAGACAAGAAGCAAAAUCUGAAAAUCUUGCUUCAAUUGACCCAACACCUCCACCUCCUGAGUUGGCUUCUUUUGCGGUUGUUGGAUUAAGCGACAUAACUCGAAAGCUUCAGGCCUGUUCCCAACCCUCACUGCCCACUCCUCCUAUGGAAGGUGCGCCGAAUAAGCUCACUCCACAUGAACCAGAGACUUCUGGUCAGAAUGUCACUCCGACAGACCCCGAGAAACUCCCAGAAGAAGUCCCGGCCAUUGCACCUACUCCAGUCCACUUCUCCAUAAUCUUCGUCUUAAGACCAUCCCAAGCAACAAUCCUCCACGACCAUCUUCCACAGUUGGUUGCAACAGCAUCGUCUGUGUUCCCCCAAUUGCCAGCAACACGGCUUGUCCAGCUGCCAAAAGGGUGUGAUGCUCGACUCUGCGAGGCUCUCCGGCUCCCAAGAGUGUCGUUCAUAGGCCUCCAAGACAACGCACCGCACUCAAAGUCCCUGGUUGAUUUUGUUCGGGGUUGUGUGCCAGGGGUCGAGGUAUCAUGGAUUCGGGAAGCUAGGAAAGCCGACUAUCUGCCAGUCAAGAUCAAUGCAAUAGAAACGUUAGCCCCGGUAGCAAAAGCAAAAGCGAAUAAAGGUUCUUAG